AUGGACCAUACAUCAGUUGCGAUUCGCUUGACCUACCUCCCACCCUUACUGCUGACUUUCUGCUUGCCACCGCUGUAUCCCGUGGAGGCAGGACCGAGCCAAUUAUCUCUACAUGCGAUGCAUUCCUGGAUAUUCCCUUCAGCGCAGCUGCUCAUCAAGGAAGCAUUGGCGAGCAGGUGGGACGCGACUUUGGGAGAAGGCGUUUUGUGGGGCUGGGCAGAAUGGAUACGGAGCGGUGAAUUCUUGGAUACGAUCAGACUAAGAGAAGGGCAUAUCAUCAAACUCUCGCACCCAGCGCCAGAGUUGCUCGCACCUACCCUACAAAAGCAUAACUCGAUGUUACGAAAUUCCGAGUUCACGCAUGGCACGUAUCUAUGUGCAAUAUGUAUGAAUACUCAGAAAGGCACACAGUGUCUGCGCUUGGCACGCUGCGGCCACGUCUUUUGUCGGUCCUGCCUGAAGGACUUUUGGGGUUUGAUGAUCGUGGAGGGCGACGUAAGUCGAGUUACGUGCGCAGAUCCAGACUGUGUCAAAAAGCAUAUGGAAGUCGAUGAAGAGGAUGUACGGCGUACAUGCGGAGAGGAUGCAACAGAGCGAUGGAAGUGGUUGAGGGAAAAAAAGGAACUGGAGAAGGAUCCAACCAUCGUGUUUUGUCCCUUACAAGUAUGCCAAGCGCCAGUGCGCAAGCCGAAAGUGGAGGAGCUCCCCUCUGACCAGGAGAAUCGCUGGGAGGCGCUAAGGACCUGUUCUCAUUGUGGAUUAUCUUUCUGCGUCUAUUGUCGACGGACAUGGCAUGGCAUACUCACGCGAUGCGUAUUUUCGCAAGCCCAAGCGUUCGUGCCAGAGUAUCGGAAGGCUUCCAAAGGUUCGCAUGCAAGGAGGGCCAUAGAACAAAGAUAUGGGAGAGCGAAUGUCCUUCGUCUUAUUGCGCAACAGGAGGAAGACGAGAAGAACAAAGAAUGGCUGAAGCAGAGCACUAUGCCCUGCCCAGGCUGCCAAGUAUAUGUGGAGAAGAGCUUUGGGUGCAACCAUAUGACAUGCGUGAAGUGUGGUUGUCAUUACUGCUUCAGUUGUGGGAAUAAGGUAAAUGCAAAGGAUCCGUAUGCACAUUUCAACGGUGGACGAAGUAAAUGCAUGUUGUUUGAUGCGAAGGAACUUCGAGAGGACGUGCCGUGGGAUCCCGUACUAGAAGAGCACCAAAUCAUGCCUGAGGGCCCUGCGGCCCAGUUCUUUGGCGAGCCUAAUUGGAGACGAUGGCAAGAGUAG